AUGGUAUGCGCAACUCGGAGCUGAAUCCCCGGUCGCAAGUGGUAGGGAGGUAGGUGAGCAUGGAUGGCCUGAGGUAGGGACCACAAUCGCAUUCAUUAGCAACGCAGGCUAUAACAUGCUAGGAAACUCUAGAAAUUAAUAGCCCUAACGCCGCCCGUUGCGACCAGUUGGUGUUCCCUGCUCGAAUGCGGACCUUCGCCGCAAAAAGGUCCCAGUAGCAGCGAUGCCCAGUUUCCAGGAGGCAGUCUUCUGGUGAUAUUCAUCUAGACUGCCGACAUUAUUGUAACGAGCACAACGAGUCAUGCGAGCCAAGCCUGCAACGCCGGCAUGUUGGCGGAAAUGGUUAGCUGUUUAACUGUUUGUAUACUUUGUAUGCAUCACCAGUAAGUAUCACACCUAGAGCUACUGCUAGGGAACUCAUAGGGCUUGUGAACACGCGGUUUCGCGUCUGUGCAAUGAGAAACCUCGAAAAACCGAUGGCAAAUUUUGUAGCGUUGGCGUGUGUUACGCCCUCCCAUUCGCGCUCUGAUUCGCGCUCCCCCUGCCUCGCGCCAGCCUUUUCGUCGGUUAGCCGUACGGGGGCCACUACUGGUCCGACUCCUGCCCGCAAUAAAUACCAAGGGCCGGCCCGCUCCAGGCACAGCAUCGAGCAAGGCUCAUAGCGCUUCACCACAUAGCGCAAGCCAGGACCUAGACGCACUUGCCCCCACACCGAGCAUUUCUACCUCGCCUUCCAGGACUACCUGAAUUUAGUAGCCAUCGGAGCUCUGGACACUAGUGCAAGUUGCUUCCACUCGCAAACAUGAGAGCGUCAGCAUUGCUGGCGCUAGUGCUGGCGGCAGGCCUCGCGCUCGGCCAGACCUUCCCGCCCUACAGCUGCACGCGUGACCCGCAGCAGUCGCGAUUCCGGCUGGACAUGCCCUACACCGUCGCCGGCAACCGCGUGUGCAUGACCACGCGCGUGGUGCCAUGCGCUAAGCCCGGAUCGCCCUGCUGUGACAAGAAGAUCGACCUGUACAAGAUUGAGCUGGACAUUAACGCUCAGUGCAAGUUUGCGGUGACGGGCGUGACGGUCAACGGUCGCCCCGCGCUGGCGCCCACGUUUGACCCGUACGGCCCCUCUAACUCCAACAAAGCCGUCAUGAAGCUGACCGGCCUCAACCUCACACUCGCCACCGCCGAGGGCGCCGUGGUGUGCAUGAAGCUGGGCGGCGCCUGCCCCACCAUGGACACCCUCUGUACCGUGGGCAACGGCUUCUGCCAGACUGCGCUGGUGCAGAGCGGCACCUGCAACUGCUGUCCUGUGCAGAUGCUGGGCUUCAUGCCCCCGCCGCCCUCGCCCCAGCCGCCCAACCCCCCGCCUCCCCCUCCUCCCAGCCCCCCUCCUCCGCCUCCUCCUUCUCCCCCUCCUCCCAGCCCGCCCCCGCCGUCUCCCCCUCCUCCCUCUCCUCCCCCUCCCUCUCCUCGCCCUCCUUCCCCAGCGCCCCCGUCUCCCAAGCCCCCCAGCCCCCAGCCUCCUUCCCCUCGCCCUCCCAGCCCCCCUCCUCCGUCGCCUCCUCCCCCGUCUCCUCCCCCUCCCUCGCCUCCUCCUCCUAGCCCUCCUCCUCCCUCUCCUCCUCCUCCCUCGCCACCUCCUCCCUCACCUCCUCCUCCUUCGCCACGCCCUCCUUCUCCUGCGCCUCCUUCGCCCAAGCCGCCCAGCCCGGCGCCCCCCAGCCCGCGCCCUCCCAGCCCCCAGCCUCCUUCCCCCAAGCCUCCCAGCCCUCCUCCUCCGUCGCCCCCUCCCCCGAGCCCGCCUCCUCCCUCGCCUCCUCCUCCUAGCCCUCCUCCUCCCUCUCCGCCUCCUCCGUCUCCUCGCCCGCCUUCGCCUGCGCCUCCCUCGCCCCGGCCUCCCUCUCCGCCUCCUCCGUCUCCCCGCCCGCCCUCGCCUGCGCCUCCCAGCCCCGCGCCGCCCUCGCCCGAGCCGCCCCUGCCCCCCAGCCCUGAGCCGCCCAUGAACCCUCUCACCCCCGCCAUCCGCCGCCCGCCGCCGCCCGUGCCCGUCAGCUUCCCCUUCUGCGAGUGCAACCGCACCGUCGGCAACGUGCCCUUCACCUUUGACCCCACGCCCGUGGUGAAGAAGGCGGCGUCGGGCCCCAACAAGAUGUACUGCCUCACGCUCUACACCACCGACUGCAUCGACCCCAGCAACAAGUGCUGCGCCCAGCGCCUGUCCAAGGUGGAGUGGUGGAGCAAGGACGCGUGCCGCAGCAGCGUCAAGGCGGUGUACCUAGAUGGCGUCAAGGUGGACCAGCAGUGGGCGCCGAAGGGCACGUUCAAGAUCCCCGCACUCAACAUGGCCGCGGCGUCCGUGCCUUCGGCAGGUCGCGAGGUGUGCAUUGAGCUCAAUGCCAAGAGCACCUGCCCCACGCUGCAGUCGUUCUGCGCGCGCAGCGCCCAGGGCCGCUGCUACUACGCCAUGUUCUCAGAGGACAAGACGUGCUGCCCGCUGGACACGUUCGUGGCAGUCAGCGGGCGCCGGUAAUACCGUAGCCCAGGAAGCUCGUGUCGUCAUGUGCUGUACUUAGUCGUCUAGGCAUAGGUAGGCCAGAGGUAGAUACGGUAGUUAGUUAUUAGGUCGGCCGCAUGAUUGCUCUGCUCCUGUGUCACUGAUUGCGUGCUAGGCAGAGUGUGUUACUGAAUGGUAAGGCAGGGGCGUAUUGGUAGUUUGGUGUGCUGACACUAUCCAAAGGAGGACAGGCUAGCUUUUCCUACGACUCCCAAGUGGUUGACACAGCGGUGAUGACUGCUAGCAUAGCCAUUGGCGUGUUGAUUGCACCGCCAAUACCGUAUUCCAAGAAACUUAACGGGCCGCUGUCCCACGAGUGGGCAGAGGUCUCAUUAGCUACAAGCAGUCACUUGAAUGCAGGCAAGGUUGAGUAAGCGAGGGCGCAUGACACUGGCACGAUAUGCAUGGUUGUGCGGCAUCAUAUAUUCAAAUGAUGAUGCCGUCUUUGCGGCUGACUGCACAUGAAGCCUACGUAAACAGUCCGCAAUGCAUUACGGUAGUGAAAGCAUACAUGUAACAGGCUCAUAGAACAGAAAGGGUUUGCCGUGCGCGCGCUUGCCGAGCCGGGAGUGGGAUCAGUGGGAUAUGGCAUCCGUUGCAAGGCUUUCUCUGUCCAGCUCUUCCGUCGCUCUAGCGUCAGGAAAAUCCCAGGCUGUGGACACAACUUCUGCCAGUCCGCAUCAGUCAGCGACCUGACAAAGGGUACUGACAGACCCUGACCUUGUGCAGUACAAUGCACGGUACAACGUUAAUGACGAGUGUGGUGGGAACGCAUGCGUACGUAGACCAGAGCGGACGGCGGAGUGGGCUUGCAGGUGGCACGAGAGUAGGCAGUCAGUAGCGCAAGUUGCGAAUUCACAUGUUACCUCGUAACCGACGGUAAACGCUGUGGACGGUCGCGCCCAUGGCUGGCUGACAGAAAGCGGCUGCUGUAUUGGGAUGGCUGGGCUGGACGACGGCGGCCGGGCGUUGCUUGGGACUACCAGAAAGGAUGCGCCCGAAACCAACCUGGAGAA